CCGGCACCAUGUGGCUUGUAAUGGCCGCGUUGUCUGUACUGCUGCUGUUCGCCUUUUUCGAUUUGUGGUAUUUCAUACGCAUGCUGCUGGUAUUACUGGUCGCUUCUUUCGAAACCCCGGUCAAGGAUAUUCUGAAGGAGCAAUCAGUCCGGGGCAUUGUGCUUUUCCAAGACAUCGACUUCCUGGGCCACAUGAAUAAUGCACGGUAUUUGCGGGAGUGUGAUUUUGCCAGGUUGUCCCUUUAUAUCCGCAAUGGUCUAUUACAUGCAACAAGGAAGUUAAAAGCCAAUAUGGUGGUCGGCGCUGCAACCAUACGGUAUAGACGAUCUCUGCAUUUGUUUGAGCAAUUCAGGAUUAGGUCUAGAAUCCUUUGCUGGGAUGAAAAGGCGUUUUAUAUCGAGCAGGAGUUGAUCUCCUGCAGGGACGACUUUGUGUGUGCCACGAUGUUAUGUCGACAGAAUGUAUUGUACAGCUCCCCUGAUAAAUUACUGCAGGUGCUAUGUAAGAGAAAGGUAGAAUGCCCAGAUUUUCCUGAAGAGGUACAGUUGUGGACCAAGUACAACCUGGCCAGCAGUGCAAGGCUGAGAGCAUAACCAUCUCAUCAGCAAGACCAAAGAGUCCUAGGCCAGGAACCAGUGAUGGUGGAGAUUUCUGUUGAUAAUAGCAGUCUUGUAUCACUUUAAUGUUGACAUUCUGCUCUAGGAUUUUUCUUUAUUUUAAGCUCCUGACCAAAUUAUUUAUUUCAUGUUCCAAGGGAAAGAUUAGAUUCACAUUUGUGAACUUUGUAAGAAGUCAGUGACACUGAAUGGCAGAUUCCUUAUAAGUUACUUAUUUUUUUUAUAAUUUGUUUUUGUGACCUCAUUAUUAUGUUAAUGUAUUUUGUUGAUUUGAAAUUCAUAUUUAUUUGGCAGAAAUCAUGAUUAAUGCAUUAUUAAAAGAGCUGUAUCUCUCAUUUUCCCUAAAGUCCAACGUAAUCGUUUUCUGAUGGCUGUCAUCCUUGCAGUGAUUUUUCACCAGAGCAGUGACAUCAAACCACAGUAAAGGAAAAACAAUAUUCAACUGUUUACCAUCCGAAUAAACAGAGGUCUAGCAAGCUAUUAAAAAGGCAAUCAGUAUAUUAGCUUGUACCACAAAGUUUGAGUACAAGUAGGAAGGACCCUAGUAAGACCUCACCUGAAAUACUGCACUUAUAUCUACCCACCUCACCAGUAAGAUAGUGACAGUUUGAAAAAAAUGUUGCAGGUUUUACUCACCUGUAAGGAAGGCGAGGACUUCUACUGGAUAAAGAGUAGUUCAAACACUGUUAGCUUGGACAGAAUCCUGAUUACAAGAUAUUAGAGACAUGACAAAGAUAUGUGUAACUGACACCAACCUGUACCAGAUAGUGCACUAAUCAAUAGGCAAAGAUCCCAUGCAUAGCAUCAGUUAGAGUUGAUCUGUAUGACGUUAUCAUUCUUCAAUGGAAUUUCAGCUUUUUCUCUCAGAGCAAAGUUUGUGAUUUACA